UUUGCGCCGACAUUUCGUGCAGUCGUAGCAGCAGCUUGCAGAAGGGAGAAGAAAAGACCCGCGUUCAUGAGUUAAACCUCAGUGUGUUUGUUGACAAAUUUCUCGGUUUCAGUAUCCUGCAGAAAACCUCUGUCUGUUACAGUGAAACUAUACACACAGCUUAGUUGCAUUGGUUUUAGGGCUGUUGCUUAGCAGUCAGUAUGGCAGUAGUCAUCAGACUGCAGGGUCUGCCCAUAGUGGCUGGCACCAUGGACAUCAGGCACUUCUUCUCUGGCCUCACCAUUCCUGAUGGGGGAGUGCACAUCGUGGGGGGUGAACAUGGUGAGGCUUUCAUCGUCUUCGCCACCGAUGAGGACGCACGGCUGGGCAUGAUGCGAACAGGUGGGUCCAUUAAGGGCUCCAAAGUGUCGCUGUUGCUUAGCAGCAAGACAGAAAUGCAGAACAUGAUUGAACUCAGUCGCCGCAGAUUUGAGGCUGGGGCAGGGGCUGUGGAGAUAGCUGCACCUACAGCAGGAAAUGCCAGUCGUCAAGCAACUGCUACCCCUAUACCCACAGUACAGUCUGGGGCAGGGGGGAGAAGCGGUAGCCAUGGAAAUCAGGGUUUUGGUAACACCCCGACUGCAGUGACAGCAGCAAGCUCAUCUCAGGAGCCACCAAAUAACAAGGCUGCAACCAGCUUGGCCAGCGUGGUGCCUAGCUUCCCCAACAGCUACAGUUCUGCUCCCACAAUCACCACAGCACUGGCAUCUCUUAAUGCAGGACCCCCACCCAUCCCUCCACUUCCCAGCAUGCCUCCUAUGCCCACACUCCCUACUAUACCAGUUCCUCCUCCAGUCUCCUCCCUUCCUCCUGUUCCUACUGUUUCGCCACUGUCCCAAGGACCUCCAGUGCCUCCUAUGUCACACCUUCCGCACAUGUCCUCCCUACCUCCCUUCAACCCUUCCCUACCUCCCCCAGCUGGACUAGGCUCGGGCCUUCCUCUUGGGACACCCAACCAUAUGUUGUUUAACCCUCUUUCUCCUCUGGCUUCACUUGGCCUUCAAGCCCACAUGAAGGCGGCUGCUGCCGUAGCCACUGGGGGAGGAGCUGGCAAUCCUGAUGAGCUGUUUGUUCUGCUGCAAAACCUCCCAUUUUUAUGCUCAGAGGUAGAAGUCAGGGAAUUUUUUCGGGGUCUGGGGGUUGAUGCUGUUCGCCUGAUGAGGGAUGGACAGGGGCGGCCAACUGGUAGAGCUAUGGUCAAGUUCUUCUCACCCCAGGACAGCUUUGAAGCAGUGAAGCGUGGAGGUGGCAUGAUGGGCCAAAGAUUCAUUGAGAUCACCCCAGGCUCUGAGCGUCAGUGGGCCAGCCUCAAUGAUGGGUUGGCAGGCCAUGCUCCUCACAACAGCAGCAAAUCAAAUAGCAGUAAUGAGUCACAAGAUCUGCAGCACCGCCGUGGUAAUGCAGAGGCAGGAGGCAGAGAUCAACGAGCAAGGUCACGAUCUCCCCACCGACAGGAGUUCUGUGUGUACCUAAAGGGCCUUCCUUAUGAGGCAGACAAAAAACAGAUUAAGGAGUUCUUUAAGAAUUUGGACAUUGUAGAAGACAGUAUCUACAUUGCCUAUGGCCCAAAUGGACGAGCCACAGGAGAGGGCUUUCUUGAAUUCAAAUCGGAACAGGACUACAAGGGAGCUCUUGGUGCUCACAUGCAGUAUAUGGGCAGCCGCUUUAUUCAGGUUCACCCAAUCAGCCGUAAGGGAAUGCUGGAAAAGAUUGAUGCCAUCCGCAAGCGUGAAGCAGCACAGGGUGAUGGCAAGAGCCAGGAUGGCUUAAAAACGCCCAGAAAUUGCGCCCACAUUACCAACAUACCUUACAACAUCUCCAAGAAGGAUGUUCGAGCCUUUCUGGAGGGUGUGGGCAUCUAUGAGGACACCCUGAAGGUCCUGACAGAUAGCCAUGGCAACGGUUUAGGACAAGCUAUCUUCCAACUGCGAACUGAGGAAGAUGCUCGCAAAGCUGAAAGACUGCACCGUCAAAAGCUCAAUGGACGGGAUGCCUUUGUCCAUCUUGUGACCUUUGAUCAGAUGAAAGAAAUUGAAAGAAAUCCUCCACCCCAAAAUAAGAGGGGCCAACGCAACCAGAACCAGCAGAACCAAAACCACCACCAACAAGCCCAAACAAAUCCCCAGCAACCCCAAAUCAAUCCAUUUGCUGGGAUUAGUGGUGAGGAAUUCAACUUUCUCAGAAACACUAUGGGGAACCUCAACACCCCCCCAUUUGUGACUCCAUUUUCAGCUCCAGGAAACGGGCUAGCAGGCCCUCCUCCUCUCCCACCACUAGCUGCGGGAUUGGGAGACGUUAAUUUGGGCGUGGCUCCCCCACUAGUUGCAGGCCUUCCUGGAGCGCCAAUCUUGGAGCCACCUGGCUUUCGUAGUGGAGCUGCAGGAGGGGGGCCAUUCAGCCAGGAUGGGCUGAGAGGCUUGGUACCCUUUGACAAUGCCAACAGAAAAGGAGGUGUGGGAGGACAGAACCGAGGGGGAGGGGCCAACAACAGCCAGGGGCGUCCAGGUGGUGGAGCGGUGAGUGGACAGCCAGUGUUCACUCCAGGGGCAGAGGGUCUCCGCAACCAGCCAGCCCCCGGAGUAUCCAAUAAUCCCAGCAGUCAGCGUGGCGCUGCUGGCCCAACAAUUGUAAAGCUGCAGAACAUGCCAUUCACUGUGACAGUGGACGAAAUCAUGGAUUUCUUUUACGGUUACCAGGUGCUGCCUGGCUCAGUCUGCUUACAGUUUAAUGAGAAAGGCCUGCCAACUGGAGAGGCCAUGGUGGCCUUUCAGAGCCACGAGGAGGCCACUGCUGCAGUUAUGGACCUCAAUGAUCGACCUAUUGGAGCACGCAAGGUCAAGAUAAGCCUUGGUUAAAGCCCCUACACUGACUGUAGAUAAAAUUACCUGGAUUAACCAUCAAGUUGAAACAAAGCCAGCCUAAACCAUACCAGAUUUUGGACACAGUUCAGACCUUGCCCUGUGCUGUGACUGUCCCUUUGUGUAGAUAUUGGCAGGUAAGCCAGAUCCCCUGCAGUCUGUGCAGUAGAAAACUAUGACUUUGCUCUUUUCUGCAGCUCCUCCACUGACUUUGAUAGCACAGUGUCAUGAUUAAUAUUGCUGUGAUGUAAUGAUGAUGAUGCUUAUGAUGAUGAUGGGAGGAUUUUGGUCCUUUGUUUUCAAGCUGUUAAUGACAUCACAGCUUAUUUCCAAAUCAUGUCAACACAUGAUGCAGCGAACACACUCAACUGUUUUAGGUUUUUCUGUGUGUCUUUUUUGUUGUUUUUUUGCUAUGCUAAUAUUGCUGUAUAUGCUUAAAUAUGCUGCGCUGCUGUGGUUCGAUAUUAACAUGCUCUGUUGCUGUAAUUCUCCACAUUCCUUGUUGCUGUGGUGAAAUCAUGAUUUUAAAAAAGCUAUGUUGCAAUGAUCAAAUGUUGCUUUGGUGAAAUGUUGACAUGCCCCUUUGCUGUGGAAAAACGUAUUACUGACUUGAAGUUUUGUGGCCAUUGUAAAAGAAAGACACUUGCUAUAGUAAAUGUUGUCUCAAAUCUGUGUUGCAACAGUCCUCUGUUGAUACGUGGAGUGUGUGGGAUGGACAGAUUGCUGACUUCAGUUUUAUUUUGUAAAAAGGGGCUGCUGAACUUCUUUAAUUUUUCACAUUUUUUAUCAUCUCGCUGUGUUUGAACAAUGCCACCCUUUUUCCACAGCACUUGCUCAGUAGAUGUUUGGAUUGUAGAGCGCUAAGAUGAAGUCUGUAGUCUUUUUAGUUUGGUAGCUUUUUGUUGUUUCAUAAUUGUUUUGGAUAUUUUCUUCUUCAAGCUUAUGUUUGUUUCUCUCUAUUGUCAGUGUGAAAAACUUGUAUGAACGUAUAACCCUAUAUGAUGUGGAGUCCUCUUUACUUUAGCUAAUAAAAGGAUGUUCCUC